ACAAAAAUGUGGUUACGAUACACUCAAGACUUGGUUGGGAAACAAGGAAGUGGUCCUUUUCAAAGACAAGUUUCUGAGCCUCCAGUUUUCUUAUAUCAGAAAGACCAAACGAAUCCUAUAGUAUUGAAAGGGAUUGUAUUGAGAGGCUAUCAAAGAGGAAGGCAGCUACUUGGUUGUCCAACUGCCAACCUUUCUGUAGAACCCUAUCAAGAGCUUCUACAGUCUCUGGAUUGUGGCAUCUAUUUUGGUUGGGCAAAGUUACAAAGCAAGUUACCAGUGUAUAAGACUGUCGUUUCGGUUGGAUGGAACCCUGUGUUUGAAAACGACCAGAAAACAAUAGAGGCACAUCUUAUGGCAGACUUGGAAGAUUUUUAUGGACAACAUUUGUCGUUGUUGUUAUUGGGUUUUAUACGUCGCGAGUUUAAGUUUUCUUCCAUUCCGGCACUCGAAGCUGCCAUCCGGGAAGAUAAAUGGGUUGCAGAAAGGGUUUGUUGUACUUGAAGGCAGAAAGCAGUGAAAGUUUUCACAUUGUUUU